AUGAUUCUAGUUCGCAUUUCAGGUUGUAAAGAUGUUCAAUGCGUUCAACUCGGAAUUGAUGUGGAACCAGCAGGAAGUUUUAUGAAAAAAGGAAAAAAAGUUUCAUCUUUUGACAUCGCAAAUGAAAAACGCUUGAAGCGCGAGGCGAAAAAAAUUCGCGUAGUUUUAAUAGUAAACAAAUACUUCUCGAAUCUUUCGGGACAAGUCAACAACGAAGCGAAACUUAUAAAGAAACCAGAAAAUCAACACCAAUGUGCACAUGUUUUCAUUCAACUUUCAUAA